UCUCUUUUUGUAUUGAGUGUUUAUUUUUUUUUGCCUCGUGUCACUCUGUCAAGUUGAUUCCCAACAAGAACAAAGUUUUCAGAGAGGAACAGAGGAGAAAACGCUUUUUCCUCCUCCUUUUCUUUUUUUCCCCCCCUCUUUUCCCUCCUUUUUUCCUGUUGUUUUCCUAACCUGCCAGCAAAGAGGGGGGCGAGCCCGGCCCCCCCCCUCCCCAACACCCCCUCCCCUCCACCCUGCGCUCCGCACUCGCCCCUUGCCCGCCCGUGUGGGUGCGAGUUGUGGUGCCUGUCAAGGGGCUGUUUCUCUCCCCACCCUCCUCCUCCUCCUUCUCCCAAAUAUGCUUUUCGCAAGUUUCGAUCUCGUCUCGGCACUGGCAACCCUCGCGGCGUGCUUGGUGUCACUGACUUUGCUGCUGGCCGUGUCCCAACAGCUGUGGCAGCUCCGCUGGGCUGCCACCCGCGACAAAACCUGCAAGCUCCCCAUCCCUAAAGGCUCUAUGGGAUUCCCUUUAAUCGGAGAAACCUUCCACUGGCUCCUGCAGGGUUCCUGCUUCCAAUCCUCUCGUCGGGAGAAAUACGGCAACGUGUUCAAGACGCACUUGCUGGGGCGGCCGCUGGUGCGGGUGACGGGGGCGGAGAACGUGCGCAAGAUCCUGAUGGGAGAGCAUCACCUGGUGAGCACCGAGUGGCCGCGCAGCACCCGCAUGCUGCUGGGACCCAACACCGUGGCCAACUCCAUCGGAGACAUCCACCGCCACAAGAGGAAGGUUUUCUCCAAAAUCUUCAGCCAUGAGGCACUAGAGAGCUAUCUCCCCAAGAUCCAGCUGGUCAUCAAAGACACCCUUCGGGCCUGGAGCAGCAACCCUGAGUCCAUCAACGUCUAUCACGAGACCCAGAAGCUCACCUUCCGCAUGGCCAUUCGUGUCCUGCUGGGCUUCCGCAUCCCUGAUGAGGAGCUCAGUUGCCUCUUUGAGGUCUACCAGCAGUUUGUGGAGAAUGUCUUCUCCUUGCCUGUGGAUCUGCCCUUCAGUGGCUACAGAAGGGGCAUCCGGGCACGUGAGACGCUGCAGAAGGGGUUGGAGAAAGCCAUCCAGGAGAAACUACAGAACACACAGGGCAAGGACUAUGCCGAUGCGCUGGACAUCCUGAUAGAAAGCGGCAAAGAGCAUGGCAAGGAGCUAACCAUGCAGGAGCUGAAGGAUGGCACCUUGGAGCUCAUCUUUGCUGCCUAUGCCACCACCGCCAGCGCCAGCACCUCUCUGAUCAUGCAGCUCCUCAAACACCCUCGGGUCCUGGAGAAGCUGCGGGAGGAGCUGCGCAGCAAGGGCAUCCUGCACAACGGCUGCAUCUGUGAGGGCUCUCUCCGGCUCGACAACAUCAACAGCCUCCACUACCUGGACUGCGUCAUCAAGGAGGUCCUUCGCCUCUUCACCCCCAUCUCUGGAGGUUACCGGACGGUGCUGCAAACCUUUGAGCUAGAUGGUUUCCAAAUCCCCAAAGGGUGGAGCGUGAUGUACAGCAUCCGGGACACCCACGACACCGCCCCUGUCUUCAAGGACGUGGAUGUCUUUGACCCUGACCGCUUCGGGCAGGGUCGAAGCGAAGACAAGGACGGCAGGUUCCACUACCUCCCGUUCGGAGGAGGCGUACGGACCUGUCUGGGCAAGCACCUGGCCAAGCUCUUCCUCAAGGCACUGGCCAUCGAGUUGGCCAGCACCAGCCGCUUUGAGCUCGCCACCAGGACUUUCCCCAAAAUCACCCUUGUGCCCGUGGUCCAUCCGGUUGACGGACUCAAGGUCAAAUUUUUUGGACUAGAUUCCAACCAGAACGAGAUCCUGACGGGAACAGAUGCCAUGCUGGGGGCGACGGUGUAAAGCCCACACUGGUGGCACAAGGGUCGGGCGGCUUGGGGAUGGAGGGGUGGGGUGGGGGCAAAAGGGAUGAACAGGAGGGGAGGAGAGAGGGACGAGAAUCUUCUCCACGACACUCACUUAGCAGAGCCUCCGGGUUAGGACUGCUUUUUCCAGUGGUGAAGCUGCCAAAACCGUUUUGCUCUUCCUGUGGGGAGCGGAGAAGGAUGGUUGGGAUGUCGUCGUGCAUCUGGUUUUGGUUCGGAAGAAGGAAAAGUCACAAAAACCUGAGUCGAGCUGGGAUGUCUGACCAUACACAGUAUCUAAAUAUUAUAAAUAUAUAUAUAAAUAUCUAUAAAACACUUCUGCUGCGAGGAGGAGUGCUGCAAAAGCCCGACGGUGGGAAAGGCUUUGGAAAUCAGCCAGUGAUCAGAGAUCUGGCACCCUGGGGUGGCUCUCAGGUGGCCUCUGAUUGUCUUUUUUUUUUUUUUAACAGUGUUAAAUUAGCUGGUGAAAACAGUGUUUUUGUUUUUAUUUUUCAUUUGUUUGCUUGUGUUGUUUGUUUCGGGGCAUUGGAGGCUUUCCUUGGUGAGGGGGAGAUGAGCGAUGCCCGUUCCCAUCCCCUCUCCCGCUGGUGCCGGGGCAGGCUGGGGAGGGAGGACUUGUCGUUUCGUCUCCACUGCGGGACCCAAAAAAACCCCUGUGGUGUCUUAUCCGGGGCUGAAUGGACAGUGAGCGGUCCCCGGAUGAAAAAAGGACACCCCAUUUAGUAUUUGGAGCUCUGAGUGGGUGGGAUGUCCUUUUUCUUCUCGUUGAGUUUCCUGCUGCUGCUACACGGCCUGUGUGCAUCCGUUCCCCCACCGCGUCCCCUCACCAGCCCCUUACCCUGCGCAGAGGCACCCUUUUUGGGGGGCAUUUUGGUGCCUUUGCUCUCCCUCAGGGUGCAGGCACCAGCCUCUGAACUUCAUGGCCCCACCAACCCAGCGCAGCUCUGCAAGCAUCGGGGCAUUGAGUAAAGCCGCCUUGCUCAGAGCUGCUCGUUUCGGUGCAUCCUCUUCCAUGGGAGGCGUUUGCAUUAAAGGUGAUCUCUAUAAAUAAGCCAAGACACGCAUUGUUUGUCUCGUGUUUGGGUUUUGUUUGGCGACGGGAGAGCUCGACAGGAAGGAGAACGAGCGGCAGGCUCCUUGCAAGCUGUCCACCUGGUCCCACCUGGGAGAGGAGCCCUGCCCAAAGCUUCUCUGGAGAAAGCGUCCACCAAGGUAUCUUGCAUUUAAUUUACCGGGUGGGUUUGUUUUAGGUUUUGCAUGCAAGAAGCUUCUGAGUGUGAGACGGGUGGGUUGUGUUGAAAGCAGACAUGGCCUUAUGUGUGGGUGAAGAGCAGAAGGUCCUUGAGUGUUUUGGCAAGCAUUUGGUUCAAACCAGAGCCAAGCAGCAGGUUGGGAGAUCCCUCCCUGACUUGAGGCAUCUCUGCCCAGCCCCACUUGUCUCCCAUCUCCUGCCCUUUGAGGUAGAAGCAACAACACAAGGACCAUGGCUGAGACCUCUCCUAACCUUGUUGGGGAAUGAUCUUGUGCUUGGGUGGGCAGCUUGGCUUUCAGCUUUAAAGAUGUGUCCAGAUAAGUCAGUAGGGCUGAAAUAAGAAAGGUGAAGGGGCGGAUGUGGCUUACCAGGUUGCUUUGCAGGUUGUGCUUUUGAUGAGCGGGUGCCUCUUUGGAAGGUCGAAGGAAGUGUGAAGUGAGCGAUGGUGAUGGCUACCUCUGUCAGCCCAUUGUCUGGUGGGGGAAAGGAGGAAGGAGGCAGUUUUUUAGCCAAGGGAAGCACUUGAGAUCGGAUUGCCGUCAGCCAAGCUGCCAGAAACCCCUCACGAGCAUCCCAGUGGAUGGGCUUCACUCAUGCCCAUAGUUCCCGGCUUGAUUUUCAAGUGGAUUUAACCUGAAAUAAAACUCCUAUUCUUCUAGGAGAUGCCAUUCAGAUCCAGACCUUGUCUUCUAGGUGGUAAACACCAAGCCAAACCCAAAAGCAAGGUCUCGGGAGCCUCUGGCUUUGGGCACCACAUCCCUGAAGCCGAGGCUCAGCUGGAUUGCCAGCCUGGAAAUGUUGAGUGAAAUACCACUAGCUCAGGUACUGUUGAGAUUUCAGGUAUUUUCCUUGUCCAUGACUGAGGCAAAACUUUCCCGUUGAUGAAAGGAGCUUCAUCACAAUCGAAAUCCUAAAGGGCAAAGAAGCAAAGACCAUAAACCUGAGUGCGGUGGCAAGGGGUGAGUCUCCCAGGGGCAAGGUAAGGAGCACAUGAGGGUGUCCAUGGUCUUUGUGGAUGAUGAGCCGUUGUAGGACAUUGAGAUGGGGGCAGAAGGUGGGGGAUGGUCUUCAGUGGGGAGUUGCAAGUCCCGUCACCAAGUGCUCUCCAGGAGCCUCUGUUUCCACUCAGUUGAGGGAAGAAAACUGUGCUGGUGGGGAGAGGAGGCUGAGAAAAGGGAAAGCUGGAGAGGGGAAUGGCCAACGUUAGGGCUCACGGGGAGCAAAAUCUCUUGGGUAGACUUUUCCAUAAGGGUUCGGUCCCACUUGUGCUUCAUCAGUGAAGGCUUUCGCUAACUUCCAAUGUCAUUACCGAGUGAAAACCAAACAUGCUUUGAGUGAGUGGCUGAUGGGAGAGCAGUAAUGCAAGAUGCAUACAUCCAUUAUAUAUAUAUGCUUACAUCAUGUGUAUAUAUAAUGUUUGUGUGUGCCAGUAUUUAAUCUAGGCAUAAGUCAGUCAUGCUUUUGUUUUUCUCCAUUCCUAACUAAUAUAACUUGACUAAAAAGAAGUUGCUGCAGUGGGUUUGCAGAAUAAAGCACUUUGAAUCUCAGAAUUGUUUGUUGUUUUUGUUUUUGUUCUUUUUUUUUUCUUAGCACAGUCCAAUUUGCUAUAUUAUUUUAUACACAAAUUGUUUUUUGGUCUGUCUUUAUAAACUAUUAUAAGUACUAUUUUUGUUAUAAUUCAAAAUAGAUAUUUAGUAUAAAGGUUUUUUUGCUGUUAAAUAUUUGUUAUUUAGUAAAGUAUGGUUUUUUCCCCCUCUUUAUUGUAAACAUUGUCUGGAAGAAUAUUAAUAUGUUUUAUAGCAGUUGUUUUUUUAAUAUUAAAAAAAGAACAAAGCACUUGUGGGGUUUUUCGUUAUGAAAUUGGUGCCCGUGUGAACAUGUGUUUCAGUCGUGUGGUUUUUAAUAUGUAUAUAAUAUUCUGUGUCACAUAUUAAAAUGAAUGUUGUGUAUUUUGUGAUCUUAAAAAAAAAAAAAUAAUCCAUGUGGCUAUUUUAUAGACUUCCAUAAUAAAAA